CGCUCAUCCCCGAGGGGCCCCUGCAACCUCUCCGCGCGAAGACGGCUCCAGCUCUGCAGGGAAAGAAAAGUAACUUCGCUUUUCUCGGAGGAACCAGGAAGGAUUAAGCAGCCUGGGAGAGGGCAGGAGCGCGCCGAGGGUGGAAGGAUUGUGGACUGAGACGCGCUCGGGCAGAGACUAUGUAAUCGCUUCGGUGUCUGUGCAGAGGACUGCGCUUCGGGGAGGGAAGAGGAGGGAUCGGCUAGCUCCUUGGCGACUCGGCAGGCGGAGUUUCGCGGCGGCACCGGGCUUGCGCCCGCCCGCGGGGAGGUCUCUCUAUCCAGCCCCAGCGGCCGCGAGAACCCGAGCGCCGGAGCGCGGUAGUCGGCGGGGGCGAGGGAGAGCGAGACCGAGCUCCGGGGCGCGAGGGAGCGGGCCGGGGAGUCCGGGAAGAGGCGAGCGGCGGCUGCGAGCGAGCCGAGCGCGCCCCCUGUCCGCCCCAGCGGUGCCGCGCCGGGCGGCGUCCGGGCGGCAUGGAGAAGGACGGCCUGAGCCGCGCGGACCAGCAGUACGAGUGCGUGGCGGAGAUCGGGGAGGGCGCCUAUGGGAAGGUGUUCAAGGCCCGGGACCUGAAGAACGGAGGCCGUUUCGUGGCACUGAAACGCGUGCGGGUGCAGACGGGCGAGGAGGGCAUGCCGCUCUCUACCAUCCGCGAGGUGGCGGUGCUGAGGCACCUGGAGACCUUCGAGCACCCCAACGUGGUCAGGUUGUUUGAUGUAUGCACAGUGUCACGGACAGACAGAGAAACCAAACUAACAUUAGUGUUUGAACAUGUUGAUCAAGACUUGACCACUUACUUGGAUAAAGUCCCGGAGCCUGGAGUGCCCACUGAAACCAUAAAGGAUAUGAUGUUUCAGCUUCUCCGAGGUCUAGACUUCCUUCAUUCUCACCGUGUAGUGCAUCGUGAUCUAAAACCACAGAACAUUCUGGUGACCAGCAGUGGACAAAUAAAGCUGGCUGACUUCGGCCUUGCCCGCAUCUACAGUUUUCAGAUGGCUCUUACCUCAGUGGUCGUCACGCUGUGGUACAGAGCUCCAGAAGUCUUGCUUCAGUCCAGCUACGCCACCCCUGUGGACCUCUGGAGUGUUGGCUGCAUAUUUGCAGAAAUGUUUCGUAGAAAGCCUCUUUUUCGUGGAAGUUCAGAUGUCGAUCAGCUUGGAAAAAUCUUGGACGUCAUUGGACUCCCGGGAGAGGAGGACUGGCCUCGAGAUGUCGCCCUUCCCAGGCAGGCUUUUCACUCAAAAUCUCCUCAACCGAUUGAGAAGUUCGUAACAGAUAUCGAUGAACAAGGCAAAGACCUACUUCUGAAGUGCUUAACAUUUAAUCCAGCCAAAAGGAUAUCCGCCUACAGUGCCCUGUCUCACCCAUACUUCCAUGACCUGGAGAGGUGCAAGGAGAACCUGGAUGCCCAUCUCCCUCCCAGCCAGAACAGCUCAGAGAUGAAUACAGCCUGAGGUGCCGGGCGCCGCCUUGAGCUGAUCACCCGGAGAACACCCUUGGGGGCUGAUGCCCCCCCCCCCCCCGCACCCUGAGUAGGCCCCGGCAGAGCUGCUGAGGAUCACUGGCUGGGGAUCUUCUAGUUGCCGUCUUCUGGACGGGCUCUGCUUCUCCAUGGAAACCACCUCGUGUACUGUUUUGAAAUCAAUGCAAGAAUGUUUGCAGCUUUAUGUUCAUUCGUUUGUUUGUUUGUCUGUUUGUUUGUUUGUUUCAAGAACCUGGAAAAAUUCCAGAAGAAGAGAAGCUGCUGACCAAUUGUGCUGCCAUUUCAUUUUUCUAACCUUGAAUGCUGCCAGUGUGAAGUGAGCAAUCCAGGCACAGCUGAGUUAUGAUGUAAUCUCUCUGCAGCUGCCCGAGCCUGAUUCGGUACUUUUGAGUGAGAAUGUGAGAGUGUGUGUGUGUGUGUGUGUGUGUGUGUGUGUGUGUGUGUGAUUCUUGUUCUCUUAAAAGUGUUACUUUCUGUAAACAACAAGAAUAAUUGAAUUUUAAAGACUCAAAGUGACCUAUAAAUAACAGGUGCCUGUUGACUAAAGGUAAUUUACCAGAAUGGGCUUCACAAAUUAGAACAUUGAGCCUAUGUCCUCAAAAUUUCAUGGCCAAAAGCAGUAAAUUUGCUAGCAGUAAAAGGUUCACUAUUUAGAUGACGUUUUAUACACACAACAAAAGGGAAAAAAUGCAAGUAUCUUUUAAGAGACCUGUUUUUUAAAGCAUACAUUCUAUUUACUCUUCAAAAAGCUGAAUUUACUCAAUAUAAGUCCAUUUUAACCUGUAUUAUAUGCUUUAUUGUUUCUUUUGAAAAAUACCCUAUAAGCUUUUUCUACUUGCUAUAGAUUUAGGGAGUGUACCUCAAAUAGGUAAAAUUGUCAAAAAAAAAUUAGAGAAAGCCUUUAUUUCCUGAUCUGAAAUCUGUUUCCUUUUUGGGUUUUGUUGUUACUUUGUUUUGUUUUUGAUUUUAGGAAUUUGUCAGAAACUGUGUUUUGUUUUUGAUUUUAGGAAUUUGUCAGAAACUGUUUCCUGUUUUAGUGUGGAGAGUAGUUCUCUCUGACAAGAGACAGGAAUACCAUUUAAGUUUUCCCUCUUACACUGUACUUUUUCCACCAUGCACUGCCUUGUUUGCAAAGUAUCCAUCUUAUCUAUCCCCCAGGGCCUCUAAUAUAUAUUACUGCCAUUACAUAACUAAUAACAGAUUGCUUAAGCUUUUCCCAUGCACCUCCUGCUUGCUUGCUUUCAAUGAACCUUUUGUAAAUAGUUAGAUUCAGAUUGUGGCUUGUGGCUCCGAUUUCGCUAUCCUAACAGGGUCCCCCCUCUGUUAUGUUCUUGCUCUGAUGCGAUCUUCCUACCUGGCAUUCAUUGUUGUUACCUAGGCAGUGAGUAGAGGACCAGUUUUUCUCUAUCACCAGCACAUAGAUUGCUUUAAACUGUUACUUAGUGUUUUACGAUUUUUUUUUUAGAAUAUAUUGUCAGUGUAGAAUCAGAGAGAAUGUCUUUAACUAUUUUUUAGAAAUAUAUAUUUACUGUAUAAAAUGAUCUUUUCUCCAUCCCCCAGGCUGUGCUUGUUUCUAGUGCCUUGUGCGUACUCCUCUCUCUGCAGAGCCAGCCUGCCCUGGGCAUUGUGAACAGCUUUAUUUUUUUUCUCUUGCCGUUUUCCCUACUGUUCCUUAUAUUCCAGUGUCAUCUCUGCCUUACAUGUGGUUAGUGCUGAAAGACACAGAGAUUAAGUAUCUUUUUGGAAGUUUAGCUAUCUUUGCUUUCUGACUCAUGUUUUGAGUGCAUGCAACAGUUAGACCGUGUUUAGAGUUAGGGUUUUCAAAGAAUGAACAUUGCUUCCCUCAGUAGAAAAUGUUCCAGAUGAUGUUUAUAUGUUGUCAGGCCUUCCUGAAUUCUUCACAGCUCAAUAUUUCUUAUACUACCAUCUUGAACAAGAGAAAAAUUAGGAGACUUUCCUCCUUGGAAGCUUUUUGGGGUGGGAAUUACUCUUUUUUAAUACAUAAUGUUGUUUAACAUUUUUCUAACUCUCAGUAACUUGAAGAGCAGGAAGAUUUGUCUAAAACCAGAUACGAAUGAGAAGAUGGGCCGUAAGAAUGUUUUACGCUUUCUUCAUUGUUGACAACAUUGAUUAUGUUUUGUCAUCACUGUAAAUGCUUGAGAUAUAAUGAAUCCAGAGAAUUCGGGGCGAUGUCUCCCCUGGAACAGUGAGUUCUGCCUUUCCUUUGAUCGGGGGUCAAAAUACAAAGACGUUUUUGCUGGGGCCUAGCAAUUGAAUUUUAAAACUCACUGCCCUGAUUCGUCAUGUGCUUUUUGGUUAGAGUGGACAUAACUUGAGUUUCUGCUUUUUUAAGUUUUUCACAAGUUCUCCCAAGAAAAAUGCAGCUGUUCUAAACUGGAAUUUUUCAGCAUUCUUGAGAAUUUUAAACAAGUAGAGAGCUCCACUUUAUUUCUAGCAUAUACUUUUGGUUCAUUUCUCGGUAGUGUUUAUGAAGAAAACUUAAAGCACAAACAUUUCUGCAUUGGAUACUUGGCAGACUAUCCUUGGAGAGGCAGAAGGAGGGGGCACCUCGGCCUCUCUGAACUUCAGAGUCUGACCCCAGUGCUCACAUCUGUAGUUCUUGUAGUUGAGUGGUUACUCUCUUGUUUUAUGGCUUUUAUAUCUGGGCUCACCAGUUCUGAAAUCCAGAUCCCACACAAGCACCCUUGCUACUGGGGCACUGGGAAGCAUAUAGCUGCAUAGGAAUUUACUGAAUACAGCUUAUUCUUCUGUGACAGAUGGUUUCAAACGUCUUUGCCAAAAGCGAAGGCAUGGUUAGCUGCAAAGGUCAUACUGCUCCGGGGUUAUACUGAAGCAGCUUAUAGCAGUAAAAAUCUGGUGUCAGAUUGAAAAUCACAUUUGAAUUUCCAGCUGAGGACUGGGGCUGGCAUGUGCCUGAUAGUUUCUAUGUGGCAGUUGUUCUGGGGGCCCAGGCAUUGUGGGAACUGUUGUGCAGGCUGGCAUUGUAACAAUCCCAUUUAAGAAUAAAAGAGACACCUGUCCAUUUCAGCAUCAUAAGCUAUCAUGGGGCAAAGGUAAUAAGGUCCUAAUCUUAUAACCUUAAAAACACAAUUUCCAAGAGCUUUAAGAACCCAGUGCCUUGGCGCCUCCCACUUUGUCUCUCCUUUAAAGUGGAUAGGAACCCAAGAAGCAAAGAACCUGUUUUGGACAAGAGCUCCAAGCCUUUUCAUCCCUCUGUAUUCUCAUGAUUUUCUCUCAGGACUCACACAGUAGGAAUGGCACGCUCUUCAUUUAGCCCAAGGUGUCUUACUAAAAAUGUCUCAAAAUAUUUACAAGACUAGAAUCUCAGCCUUUUAGUUGGAAGUAAAAAUGAAAAUUUCAGAACGCACGGGCUGUCUUAAAGAAAAUUUGUACCCCUAACUAAAGAUUUUAUCAUUUGACUCCAGAAAGUGGUACUGUCCAUCUUGAUGAAAAAAAGCCUAAAUAGUACCAAUAUUUUGAACCUUAAAUUAUGUAUUACAAUUGAGCUUUUAACUACAGCUGCUUCUCUUAAAAGCGGUGCCUAUUAAAGUCAGUAAUGGCAAUCCUCAUUCCUUUAUAGAAAUUAAAAUCAUGUAAGCUUCUAAUUAAAACUCAUUAAAAUUCUUCUCUUCAAAGAAUUGCUUCUUUUAAAUGACAACUAGACAAUUUUUAUGAUAAGCACACAAGAGAAUGUCUCACGUUUUCCAAAAGCAGUCUUUUGUUGCAUCGUCGGGUCUAGGAAAGAGUAAUAUUAAAAGUUAAUAAGCCACUGUAAUUACUUAAUUGUGUUAGUAUAGAAACUAUAGAAUAUUUACCUUGGAAAGAAAAUGUUGAGACAUUAUAAAUUCUUAGGUAUUGAUAGAAUUCAGAAGAAUGCAUGUUUUACAUUGUGACACAUAAAAACAGUGUCUCUAUUUUGUAAAAAUAAAGAUGUGAUGUGAUUUCUAAAUCUUUUAAAGUCCUAAGACAGUGGACAACGGAUAGAGGAAGUUCAGGAGAAAACGAAGGUAUUCCAAGAAGGAUAGUUUCAAAGUUAGAUAUAUUCUGAAGGAUGGAUAUUAACAAAUAUAUUGUAAGAAGUUAUAUUAAAGUCACCUGGCAACUAUGAAGUUGAUACGUUCAAAAACAUGUUUUUGUGAAAAAGCUGUUCCAAGCAGUUGCCAUUUCAAAUGUCGGCCUUAACAAACUCAAUCAUCCGUACUCCUUAUUUCAUGGGAGGAAGCAGCUACAUGAAGCUACGGUCUUUAUAUAAGCCUAAGAAUGUUCACUGUAAAUAUAU